GAAUCGAAAUAGUUCCAGCGGCGUCUGUUCACUGACUACACAUUCGGUGUGGCUCGGUGCUUCGAGAGCCCAUAACCUUUCAGCAAAACGAAAAAUAAUAAAUAGUGGACCAGAAACUCCCAACAGCUGUCUUCAUUGGUACCACUCAUCAUUCACAGCAUGGCUCAGCAGAAUUUUCCACCUCUAAAAAACGACAGGUUUUUGCGAGCAGCUAGGGGUGAAGAUGUCGAUAAAAUACCCGUGUGGAUAAUGAGACAAGCUGGAAGAUAUCUACCAGAGUUCAGGGAAUUUCGAACGAAGCAUGAUUUUUUCACAAUUUGCCAGACCCCUGAGUAUGCAUGUGAAGUAACACUUCAACCAAUCAGAAGAUUCGCCUUGGAUGCGAGUAUCAUUUUUUCGGAUAUACUUGUCAUACCCCAGGCUAUGGGUCUUACCGUAGAAAUGCGACCCGGAGUGGGUCCAGUGCUCCCAGAGCCCCUCGCAAAUCCAUCUGACAUGUCAAGGCUGAAGCGACCGGAUGUUGAGAAGGACCUUGGAUAUGUUGGCGAGGCAAUAACCCUCACGAGGCACGCCUUAGAGGGAAAAGUACCUCUCAUUGGAUUCACAGGGGCCCCUUGGACACUGAUGGGGUACAUGAUACAAGGAGGUGGCAGUUCGACAAUGGCACAAGCCAGAUCUUGGCUGUAUAGAUAUCCAGAGAAGUCCAUCGAACUGUUGCAGUUGAUAACUGAUAUCGUAGUUGAUUAUCUCGUCAUGCAGGUGAAAGCUGGUGCUCAGGCACUACAGGUCUUCGAAAGUCACGCCGAUUACCUGAACGAUGAAUUAUUCAGGAAUUAUUGUUUCCCAUUCGUUAAACAAAUAAGCGAAAGAGUCAAGGCUAAGUUGGACGAGUUGAAGAUUUCAAGAGUACCAAUGAUCGUGUUCCCAAGAGGAGCAACGAUGAAUUCCCUGGAGCUUCUGGCUAAAGACCAGUGUUACGAUGUCAUAGGGGUGGAUUGGAAUGUCGAUCCAGGGGAAGCUAGGCAGAGAUUCGGCCCCAAUGUCACUCUGCAAGGGAACAUGGAUCCGUGCGCAAUGUACGCUAAUGAGGACGAAGUCUGCGAACGAGCGAGGGCGAUUGGCGAAAAGUUUGGCAAAACUCGUUAUAUCGCUAAUUUGGGACAUGGAAUACUUCCAGACACUCCUAUCGCUUCGGUUGAGGCAUUCAUAAGAGGUGUACAUUCCGUUUGAGAGAAUGCAAAUUGGGUAAAUGAGGAUUUAUGCGCCAAUUGAAGAACUGGUGAUAUUCUACCGACUUUUGUGUGGGGAUAAUCGAGGGUUUUUGAUAAAUAAAUAAAAAAUCGUUGAUAGUCAAA